GUGUGGAGGUCUCCGAGGUGAAUGUGGACCUUGUCAUGAUGAUCAUGGAAGUGGUGGCGUCCAUUGCUGCUUUUGUCAGAUUCUUGCCGCUUGCCAACAGGAUAUGCAUUGAGAUGGCCGAACCUGGUGGAUUAACACAGGUGAUGGAGAGCAAAGUCACCAAGGACUAUUUAUCUGCUUGGAGUAAAGCUGGACGUAUUGAGUCAGCCUGAAACAGCGUCUGCAAGACUCUGGUGACAACAAAGUUAACCUCAAAAUGAAAACCAAGAAGACCGCAGAAUCGACUGAUGCAGUGACCAAAGGUGACUGCCAGGCGGAGAGCUAGAGGACCGAGGAGGAGGCAGUGACCCAGCCCGAUGCUGCAGCCGCCCCUGCUGGACAGCAGCCAGAGCCCAAGUGUCCUGAUGACGAGACACAGGAGGGAGAGGAGAAUGAUGGAUGGAGCAUGGCCGACAUUAAAGUUGUGGGUAAACGCAGGAGGGAGCUUGUCGGACCUGAGGCAAAGCCAUCUCGCUCUCAGUCUCCGUGUGUUGUAGCAGAUUUCAGACUGCCUCAGUUCAACCCUAACAGCCCCAUCGGUCAGGAGUUUGUGGUCCCUAAAUCAGGAUUUUUCUGUAACAUCUGCUCUGUUUUCUGCCUGAAUGAGAAGACCGCCAAGGAACUCCACUGCUGCAGCCAGAAACACUACGACAACCUGCAGAAAUAUUAUGAGGAACGUCGACAAAGAGCUACAAAAACUUUGUCUCAGACGUCUCCAGGCUCCGGUUCUGACUGAUGGACCUGAUCUACUGUAUUUUUAACACAUAACUGUGCAGACAGUGGCGUGUCUAGAAAAUUUUUUUUGGGGGGGCCAGGUAGGGCACAGAUUUGUAGAAGGGUGGCACAUGUAAUUGGCAGAUAAUGUUAAAAAAAAAUUCUACCAACCGUUAACCAUAAUUCAA